CAACGACCAAAGCCCGUUUUUUUAUUGGAUUGACGGUAAUACAUGGGCCCCUUUCUUCUUCUCCCUUUGGUAUGUGCAUGGCGUUCGGCCCACUGGGCGAGUUUGAAUCUGGAGAAUGGUUGGCAGUAUCAGGUUGGAAUUGCAACAGCGAUCAUUGAAUCAUUGAUGGUUGCGGAAUUGCAAGAGCGACACGAGGCGAUUGCAUUGCUGCCAAACUGGCGUUGGCAUUGUGGGAUGCCAGUUUUGCUGGUGUUGCGUCGAUUACGGAGGACUUGGCUCGGCAGUCCCUAGAGGUCUUCUUCUAUCAAGAGCCAAGGUUGGAUCUUGGUCCAGCAUCACUUUGGCAAGCCAGGUCCAUUCGCACUCUGAAAGGACUGGGGAUCAUGACAUUGGAGUCGAUCCGUGAGGUUGUAGAGUCGAUUGGC